GCAGACUGAAGGCUUAAAUCCAAGGUCAUGACAAAACAUCUGAAGUUCAUUGCCAGGACUGUGAUGGUACAGGAAGGGAACGUGGAAGGUGCAUACAGGACCCUAAACAGAAUCCUUACCAUGGAUGGGCUCAUUGAGGACAUAAAGCGACGGCGAUACUACGAGAAGCCUUGCCGCCGGCGACAGAGGGAAAGCUCUGAAACCUGCCGGCGAAUCUACAACAUGGAAAUGGCUCGCAAGAUCAACUUCUUGAUGCGAAAGAAUCGGGCGGAUCCAUGGCAGGGCUGCUGAGGCCUGUGGAUAGGAGGCCCCAUGUGAAAAUCCUUAUCCAGCUGUCUCCACUUCUUUUCUUUCUCCCACCCCAUUUUCUCUUACCUUUCUUACAAUAAACUCAAUCACGUAUAUGCAAGAAGGCCUGCGUAUAUAGAAGCAAUCCCACUAGUCAGCAA